AUGGAUCUUGACUUAAAUCCAACAACAGCUGGCAACUCACUGAUGUAUCAAGCCAUCGAAGAAGACAAAUUGGAAGAUCUUAAAUUGUUAUUAGAAAAUGGAAUGGAUGUAAAUCAACCGAUAAUAACAACUGGAGAAUUUGCUGGAUUCACAGCAUUGCAUGUUGCAUGCAUGAAAAAUAGAGAUAAAUUGGUGGAGUUACUAGUUAAUGAUUAUAAAGCAGAUGUCAAUGCAAUGGCUGCUGACGGGACUCAACCCAUUCAUUUGGCUUGUUUUUAUCAACCACUAGGUGAAUUGGAAUCCUGGCCUUCAGACUCAAAAACAGCUCAUCAACUAAAUUUAUUGGUGAAAGCUAAUGUAAAUGUGGAUACCGUAUUUGGAGAGGAAAUUUUUUCAAAGCACUGCAAGGACAGAGAAUGGUGUUCCGAUUUUGGUGACAAAAUGCCACUAGUUGCAUGGUCUAUUAUUUAUGAUAGACCAGAAUUAAUUAAAUAUUUAAAAAGAGCCAACUUAGACAUUAUAAGCUGUACAAAUCAAACAUUGCUGAUGUGCGCUGCUGAAAAUGAAAAUAUUCUGUCAAGUAUUGAAGAUCCUGAAUUGAGGGAUAAGUUGAUAAACUACCGGGAUAACGAUGAUGUACCGCUAACUCAUUAUCCAUUCCAUCCUAAAAAAUAUGGAAAAUUUCGAUAUCAUAAAACUACGAUGUUCGCUGAAAAACAUAUCGGGUCGAAAUUCAUGUCUGAAAUAUUAUCACACUUGGGGACUGACCUGUAUGCACUUAUAAACAAUGACCCAGCGACAUUUCUGCCUAAUCUAGCAGCUUACAGAGGUUCUCCAGAGAUACUGGGGGAUGCUUUGCCUUUUUAUACUUCUAUGCCUUUAUCUAGGGUUUUAUACUACGUCACGCUUCCCAUAGAUGAAAAUUCUAAGUAUCUAGUGAAUGUCCGUUCAAACGAUGCGCGAAUUCGUUCUCUGAGGAAAAUCAAAAAAAAUCAAAUAGAUUGCAUACAAAUUGCUUUAAAAGAUCUGGACUUUAGGAGUGAAUUCAGAUUACCUGUUCCAGAAGAAGAAACAAAAUUGAUGAAAAUAUUAAUUGCCAGUGAUGAAAACUUCCGGAAGAUAGUAAAUGACUACAAAUUGUAUUUCAUUGAAAAAGAAUUACAGAACAGUUUUAUUGAAUUCGGUGAUUAUAAAAUGACAAUGUAUGAUUUUUUGAUGCAAGUUUAUGAUAAUAAAAAAUUAAAAAUUUUGGCUCGAGAAGAAAAUUUACUGGAUGCCCUAGAUAAAGUUUUCAAGGAGCGUUCUGAUGACUAUAAUUUCUAUGUGACCUAUUAUAAUCCAAUUAAAACCAGGAUAAAAAAGGCUAAGGAGAGAUUAAGACAUCUCGAAAAUUUGAAGAAAAUUUCAUCACUCAAAAAAGCUAUACCGUUACCGUAUGAACUGUUUAUAUAA